GCGAGUUCAGACACACUCUCUCUCUCUCUCAACAACUUUCUCUGCAAGUCUCUCUCUCAACGACGAAACGAACCGACCAUGUCGUCGUCUUCUUCCUCGUCCUCGCCGUCGUGCCCGAAGAAGAUGAUCACCCUGAAGAGCUCCGACGGCGAGACCUUCGAGAUCGAGGAGAUCGCCGCCCUGCAGUCCAAGACCCUCGAGAGCAUGAUCGACGAGAACUGCGCCAGCACUCCGGUCCCGCUGCCGAACAUCACCGGCAAGAUCCUGGCCAAGGUGGUGGAGUACUGCACCAAGCACGCCGAGGUCGGCGCCGACGCCGAGAGCCUCCGCGCUUGGGACGCCGAGUUCGUCAGCGUCGAUCACCCCACCCUCUUCGACUACAUCCUGGCGGCAAAUUUCCUGGAAAUUCCAACCUUGCUGAACUUGGCCUGCCAGAGUGUGGCAGACAUGGUCAAGGGUAAGACUCCGGAUGAGAUACACAAAAUUUUCAAUAUCAAAUCCACAUUCACACCGGAGGAGGAAGAAGAGCUGCGUAGGGAGAACCAGUGGGCAUUUGACUGAAGCCUAAGAGAAUUCCGGGUCUUGUCUGCUGUUAAUAUUGUGAAGUUCUGUUUCUUUUGCUGCCUUACUACGGAUGAGACAUCGGCUUGUUAAAUGUUUGGUUCUGGCAAAGUGAACUCUCAUGUGAGUUUUUCUGACAGGAUAUGGACGAAUGUUCAAGUAACAAAUUUCACGGAUUCAAUACUUAGGGAAGGUUUGAUCUUUCAGCAUAUUCUUGUAUCCGACGAGUCUGUGAUGUAGAAGUGUUGAGAUGCACUUGUGAGUUGUGUUAAAAGAAAAGUCUCACAUCAGGUAAUUAGUUUGAUGGGAAGUAGUUAAUAUAUUAUAAUUGGCUUAUAA